AUGUAGAUGAAUCCUAAGGGAUAUAAGUAUUAAGUGCAAAUCCAUAUAGAAAAGUUAGAAAUGAAGAGUAAUUUAUCGUUUAAAGUGUAAGUUGUCUUGAAAUAUGGGAAGCAAUAGAAAAUUCAAACGUAGUAAUUAGCUGAUUUCAAUUAAGGAAAGGCUAUCGUUAAUGAAACUCUGGCCAUUCAAACUAAUGUGUAUUAAAUAAAUGGAAUAUAUUAAGAAAAGAAGAUGGAAUUAUUAAUUUUGCUCAUUGCACCAACAGGUAAUAAAAAGGGAGGACUAUGUUUUUUUGAUAUUGCAGACUAUUUGAACCAAUAUAAAAAUGACAUUAAUGAAGAAUUACUAUUGCAAGACUGUCCUGAUAAAAAAGCCAAAAUUCAUUUAAAAAUUCAUUUAGCAGAAGUCGGAGAAGUAGAUUUUGAUGCAAUUAACUCUCAGUCUUCAAUAGUUCAAGAGUAAACCUCUGAUAAAAAAACAGGAAUUUUUACACCUUUUAAGGAAGCAUUUGAAAGCACAAAAAAAUACUUCGGAGAUAGUCAAUCAGGACAAUCCCCAAAUUUGAAUAAAUCUUUUUCCAAAAGCCAAUCUAAUCAUCCUACUGUCACAGAUGUUUCCUCUCAACUUGGCUCUCCAAAGUAACAGUAGAAUUCUAACAUGUCAAACUAAAUCCAACUAGAUCUAUAGCAUCUUCAUGAAGAACUCAAUUAAUAAAAGAUUUUGUACAUGGAAAUCAAAGAUCAGAAUAAUAAACUCCAACAGGAAGUGCAAACUGAGAAAGUUAAAAAGGAAGCGUUGGUCUUGCAAUUAUAAGAACAAAGAAAGCAGAUAGAUAAGAUGGUUGAUUAAAACAUUUAUCAGGAAUAGAUAUGUUAAUAUGAAUAGCAGCUAAGUUAAAUUUAAAGUCAAUUAAGGUAAGCUCAAAAAGAUAAUGAAAAUCUGACAUAAAACUAUAAAAAAGCUAUGUAAAAGUACAAUAAAUUAUCCAUCAACUCAGAAGAAUAGAAUACCUCAUCCUUAAAGUAAAGGCUUUAAGAAUUGGAGGAAAUCUGUAAAAACAAAGACUAAUUAUAUUCUGUUUUAGAGAGAUCUAACAAUGAUAGUUAACAUAGAAAUAUCAAUUUUGAAAAUUAAAUCACUCAACAGAAUUAACAAUUGUUGUAACUCAAAAAUAAAUUAGAUGAAAAGGAUAUAUUAAUAGACUCAUAAAAAGAAAGUUUAAAUAAUUUAAACUUAUAGUUACUAAAUUUAUAGAACUAAAAUUGCAGUCUCUAAUAGAAUGAAAAAAUUCAUAAUGAAAAAAUUGAUGAAUUAUCCAAGUAGAUUAUUUAACAAUAGGAGUAAAUCAAUCAAUAGAGUAUAGAAAUUAAGAAAUAAUGUGAAGAUCAUUUAAGCUUAGAUAAUUAAAAUAUUGAAAAUCUAACUCAACAAUUGAAUAAUAAAAAUAAUGAAUUAGCUGAAUAUUAAACCUAAUGCGAAUAACAAAAAUAGAAACAUCAAUUAGAGGUAGAGGAAUUAUUAAAACAAAUUCAAUAAUAAAAACAAGAAAAGGAAUAAAUAUAAGCAGAUUUGGAAUAAAAAUAUAUGGAAAAAGAAAAGAAUUUUCAGAAUGAAUUAAAACAAUAACAAGAAAGAGAGGAAGAACUAAGUACGAAAGUUCAAGUUCUCAUAUAGUAAACCAAUUAAUUAUAAUAACUGAUAAACGAUAGUACCAAUUAGGCACAAGUUAUGAGAAAGUUGUUUCUUGACCCUUAGAAUGAAAGUGCUGAGGCUGAUCUUCCAAAUCAAUUGAUGGAAUUGAAUAAAGCAAUAGCUUUGAAAUUUUGUAAAUUAAAGUAGGAUCUAGAAUAAAAUUCAAAAUAGAUUUAGGAAUAUGAAAUAGAAGAUUCUAAAAAUUCUUAUAAUCAAUAAUCUUUAUUAAUAGAAUAACUUUAACUAACAACAAUUGAAUUGAAUUAAGCCAAAUAAAAGAUUGAUAAUCUCUAAAGUGAAAAUGCUCUUUUACAAAAAUAAAUGCAAACAAACUCUGAGUUUUUAAAUAAUUUAAAUCAAUUGACACUUCAAUAGAAUGAAAAAAUCUAAAAUUUAUAAAAUUUGGAAAUUCAAAAUAAAGAUUUAAUCCAACAAUCUAUUUCAGAAAAAUAGAUUAAUCAACAAUUAAGUGAGUAAAAUAUUAUUUUUGAUCAAUAAAAUUAGGAUCUAUAAAUUAAAUUACAAGCUUUGUAAAUAGAAAUUUUGAAAAAAGAAGAUUUAAUCAAUAAUUUGUCAAGCAAAAUUUCUUAAUUAAAUCAAUAAAACUAAGAAUAAGUUAUAAUAAAUGAGCAAUUACAAUUUUAAAUUAAGGAAUCGAUUCAUAAUACAUAGGAGCUAUAGUAAGAGAAUUAAAUCUCAAAAACAUAAUAUGACUAACAAAACGAGAAUUUAACUAUGCAGAACUCUACAUUAGAAAAGGAAAUAAUUUAAUUAAAAGAUCAAAUUACUAUCUUAGAUGAAUAAGUCAAUAAUUUAAAUUAGAAAAUAAAAGAAUUAGAGAUUUUAAAUUCAUUAAAAUAAGAUGAAAUAUAAUAAUAAGAUUAGAUAUAAUAAUAAGAUUAGAUAUAAUAAUAAGUUUAGGUAUAAGAAUAAGAUUAGACAUAAUAAUAUGAUUAAUUAUAAUAAUAAGUAUAGUUAUAGGAUUAGGUAUAAUAAAAAGAUAAUUAAGAUAACAAAUAAAAUGAGAUAAUUCAACAAACAUAUUAAGAAAUUGGAAUUCAAACAGAAUAACUUGAGUAAUAACAGGUAAUUAAUUUAGAAUUAAAUUCUUAAUUAGCAGAACCUUUAGAAAUCAAUAAAGAAUAACAUUCAAAAUUAUAAUAAUAAAUAGAAGAGUUAACUAUUUAAUUGAAUCAACAAACAACUGCACUCUAAUAAGCUUAAAAUGAUAUUGAUUAGAUGAAAAUAGAAAAUACUUCUUUAGUUAAAUCCCACGAGAUGUAGUUAUUGAGAGAAGGAGAAUUUACACUUCAAAUAGAGCAAUUAAUAGAGAUUAAUGAAUAGAAAAGUUCAAAAAUAGAAGAAUUAGAAACUCAAAUUAAAGAAAGUUAAUUACAAUAUUAGAAUGAUAUAUAAGAAUUAUAAUAACAAUUAUUUACUGAAAAUGAUGAAUGGCUAAAAGAGAAAGAAAUAAUUCAAUAAUAUAUUGACUAACUGGAACAUAAAGGAUUGGAAUUAACCAAUUAGAUAAAAGUGAAGGAUGAUGAGAUUCAGAAUAUAUAGAAAUAGAAUCAAUAGUUAAGUGAUUAAUUAGAGGGUUUAUAAAUAGUAAAUGAGAAAGCAUAGCAAUUGGAGAAGCAAUGCUUAGAGAAUAAAUAAAAAUUUGAAUAAUAAAUAGAUGAGAUUAAUUUGAAGAAUAUACUAAAAAAUAACGAUUUUAUCAAAUAGAUCUAACAAUUAUAAUAAUAAUCUCAGGAUGACUAGGUUAAAUUGUUAGAAUUGAAGAAGUAAUUAGAAGAAAAGGAAGAGUCGAUAAAAGAAAAGGAUGGCAAACAUGCUAUAGAGAUAUAAUUAAUAACUAAUAAUUAUGUGAAUAGAUUGAAAGAUAAGGAUGAUGUAAUAUAAAAUUUAUAAUAAGAAAUACAAAGUUAUCAAUAAGUGGAAUUGGAUUAAUAAAAUUUGAUUAAAUUUUUGGAGAAUGUUAAGGAGAAUUUGGAGUAGCAAAAGAGUGAGAAUUUCGAAUACAUCCAAGAAAUUUAACUUACAAAUGAAAAGAUCAUACAGUAAUCUGAACAAUAAGAAUUACAAAUUAACUAAUUAUAAGUUACAAUAAAAGAAUUAGAAUAAAAAAAUCAUGAAUUGGAGACUGAGAAGAUAAACAUUUCAAAUAAUUAUCAGCAGGCGUUAAUUGAAGCAUAAUCUUUGAAUCAAACUCAAGAUAAUUCUAAUGAGAUAAUUGAAAAGAUGCAAGAAGAAGUAGUACUAUUGAAAUGUCGAAUAGGAGAUAUGUUUAAUGCGACUUUGGAAUUUGGAGGACCGAAAUUAGUAGAUAAGUUGUAAUAAGCUUUAGGCAUCAAAGAGUGA